CUGCCACCCGACUCUCCUGUCUCUUGCGCUCGUUGGGGAAGGAAAGAGCUCCACUGACGGCAUUUGGCGAUUUCUUCUGGAAAUCUGUCAACGACCACCCGACACGACUCACACCAUCCAACCCCUCCACCCCUAGUCAGCCGUUUCGCGCAGGGUCUCCGGGGACACUCUUCUCAACACACCCGACAAUUCUCACCAUCGCCAGCAACAGCGAAACCGCAACCAUGGCCGACAAGAUGGGCUCCUUCACAGAGUUCCUCGAAUUCAUCAUGACCCCCUCGACGCCCGUCAUCCUCAUCGGCGCCGCCAUCGUCCUCCUCUUCCCCGUCCUCCUCCACUACAUUCUCAUCAAGUCAACACCCUACACAACCCUCCCCUCCGUCCUCCUCCUCGGCCCCGCCGGCGCAGGCAAGACCGCCCUCCUCACCCUCUUCGAAAGAGGCGACGCCCCCGCGACAACCCACACGAGCCAGCGCCCCCACACCGUCGAGCUCACGGCCUCGCGCGACAGCAAGACGGCCCAGAGCUUCCGCAACCACGACGACACCAGCGGCACCCACACCAAGUUCCUCCUCGUCGAUACACCAGGCCACGGCAAGCUCCGCAACUACGCCCUUGGCAAGCUCGCCAGCGGCGCCGGCGGCGGCAGCAGCAAGAACUCCAAGCUCAAGGCCAUCGUCUUCAUGGUCGACGCCGCCGCCAUUGGCGAGAACGAGGCCCUCGCGCCCACGGCGAGCUACCUCUACGAAGUCCUCCUCGGUCUCCAGAAGCGCGCCGCCUCGAGCAAGUCGUCCAAGCCGCCCCCGCCUAUCCCCGUCCUCGUCGCCGCCAACAAGACGGAUCUGUUUACGGCGCUGCCUGGCGCACUGGUCAAGUCGAACCUCGAGGCUGAGAUCACGCGGAUACGGUCGUCGCGCAGCAAGGGUCUCUUGGAUUCCGGUGUCGGCAUUGAUGAUGUCGGUUCGGAGGAGCACGAUGAUUGGUUGGGCGCGUACGGCACCGAGAAGUUCACCUUUGAUCAGCUGCGCGAGUUUGACGUGGAGGUGGAUGUCAUCGCGGGCAAUGUUACUGGCAGCGCGACGGGCCCCGAUAAGUGGUGGUCCUGGAUUGCCCAGCGGAUAUGAUGAGUAUUGUGGUAUAGGGCAAACAAUAAUCAAAGCACA